AUGCCGGCGGAUACGCGAACAUAUCUAGACGAGGUCACGCUCCAGUCGUUCAUGAAGACGCAGACAACCGCCAUAGAUGUCCUUUCUGCCACAGAGACGCAGAAAACUGCGCAGUUACAAGGAAAUAUGCAAAGAGUGCCGGUGACGCAGCGUGGGAUUAGCGGACACGCACCAUCGCUAAUUGCCCUGACGAGGCAUGACCGGGACAUGCUGGAAAUUCCGCCGGGACCCUCUUUAUACGCACCCUAA